AUGGAGGUCAACCGAUGGGGCGUCGUGGCGAUUGCGAGCGUCGUCUUCGACAUUGACGUGGGUCAGACGCUCGAGGCCAUGUACCCGCCGACCGCGUCCUUGACGGCGUCGGCGCAAAAGUCGAUCGCGUAUCUCGCGCUGCCGCACAGCAACCGCCACGACGAGGGCGACACGCAGUUCGCCUUCCGCUGCCGGUCCGAAGACGAAUCGACGUCGAGCUUCCUCUAUGGCUUUGUGCUCUUCCGCCAGCGCAAGGACGCGGCGAAAGCGCGUGGGUACUUCCAGAAGGCCAUUGUGAUUGUCACCCAGACGCCGUUCGUCGGGCUCUACGAGCGCGUGCUGCGGGUCGUCGGUCCGCUCUACUUUCAGGUCGGCAACCCGCUCCUCGAAGCCCUCUACGACAACGUGUUGCAAUGGCCGGCGCCGAUGGCCGACACGACCAUGAUCUUGCCCGUCGCAGGCACGUUUGUGAGCUUCGUCGUGCCCGGCAUGGUCCCCAGCAUCGAAGCGUCGGUACCAACGCGUCGCUGGAGCAUCGAGCAAGAGUCGUUUGACGUCAACGCUGACGACAUGGCCAGCCACGACGAAGACGACGACGAGCUGCAGCAGCAGCACGAGGCGCCCGACGAGGCGAUCGUGCGCAACGGCAAGUUCACGGCGCCCGCCCCGCGCGUCGCGCCGGCGCCCCUCUUUUGCGACAUUCUCAAGCCCAAGACGCUGGCAUCUCGUUCGAGCGUCGGUCUCUUCUCGAGCUUUGAGGGGCUCGAGGCGUGUCUCUGGGAUCUCUGGCAGCUUGCCAUCACGGGCGAGAGCGUGCUCAUGGUGGCUCCGAGCGCGCGCGUCUGCAGCCAAGCCGUGCUUGCGUUCACAAGCUUGAUUGCGCCCGUCGCGUACCAUGGCGACUACCGUCCGUACUUUGCCUUGUACGAAGCCGAUUUUACCAGUAUUGCUGCCGUCCACGACGCGACCAAGUGCCUGAACUUCCCAACGACGGUGCUGGGCACGACCAACCCGUUCUUCCUCAAGGCGCUGCGGUUUUGGCCCAACGCGGUCGUGUUUCCGUUUCUCGACGCAGCAAGUCGCCCGGCGACGCCGCCGACGGCCAAGCGCGCGUUUGGCUUUCUCGAUGCAGCGGACGCUGCGGAAGUCGAUGACACGAGCCGGCCUCGACGCUACAUCAAGCGCGCCGCCGAGCUCGACUCGUUUCCAGAAAGCUACGCGCCAAGGCUCCUCGCGCGGUCGUCGCGGCUCGUGCAGCCCGACCCGAUCGUGCUGCGGCAACUUGUCGAAGCGACGGCCGUCGAGUCGUCCGAGGGUCUCCAAAACGGCGACGAGCCGCCCAGCAUCUCGAUCAACAACGCAGUCUUGCGCAAGCAUUUCAAGCACCUCACCGAGCUCUUUCUCAAGCCGUUUGAGCCGUACUUUGGUAUUUGGUCCAACCAUUUGCACGUUGCGCCGACACCGUACAUGGACGUCACUGUCUUUAUGAAGCCGUUCGUGGCCACGGAGUUUCUCAAGUCGCUGACCACGAUCCCGUCGACAAAGCUCCCGACGCCACUCCGGACAUCGCGCAAGAAGCUGCGAGCGCUGUACGCGCGGUUUAUUGCGUCGCCACACUUUCAGCCGUGGUUUGCUGCCCGACGGCACGACUGCAUUGAUGCCUUCGACACGGUGCUCAAGACGCUUCGGGAAACCAUUGACGCCAAGGCGCUCAUGAUGGAGCCCAGCGGUGUGGCCAUGGAUCUGCACGGAUGCCAGCAACUCAAGACACAGAUUCAACGCACGAUCGAGUUGGCCGCGUCGCAGGCGACGCCAGACGCGCGGCACAUUGCACUUAUGGAGACCCACUUGCACGACGUCUCGGCGGCGAUUUUAACGCUCUCAGCCACCGCGAGUUGAGGCCAACGUGGAAGCUCAUCGCCUCCACUAGAACUCUGCGUAUUAGGCGAUAAGAGUGCAUCAUCGUCAUCCUCAAGCGUGUCUGCGUUGAAAUGCAAAUGAG